CAAAACAACACAACCCAAACCAAACCCCCCGACACGCCCCAACAGACCGGGGACGCCCGCGGAUCCUCUGAAACUUCCACCUUUUCUCUUUCCAAUUCCAAUUCCAAUCUGCGCUGCUGUCAUUCUUCCUCCCCGCCCCGCCCCGCCCCGCCCCUCUCCGCGCCGCCUCCCCUGAUUUCUCUUCUCCCCACCCGCCGGAUCAGCUCUCAUCCUCUCCCCCAUCCAGUUCUGCUCCGGCGGCGGCGAGCCAGGACGGCCGGUGGGCUGAUCAAUCGCCGCCCCCGCGCCGGUAAGGAACCCUAGCCUGACAGCAGCUCCUUCCCUUCCCCCUUUAUUUGCUUCGUCGCCAGUUCGAGCUACCGAGAACCGAGCCCUCCUCCCUCCCCGUCUCCGUCCAGGCGGCGGCCGAUCCGUCUGCCGCGGGCGGGUCCGAUCGGGCGGCGCUUCGUGGACGAUCCGGGCUCUGACGGCGGCCCCGCGCGAGCUGCUGCCCGGCCGCGGCCGUCGUCGGGGACAUGAAGGCCGCGCCGCUGCCCCGCCAGAGAGCAGCUUCUCCGAGGCGGCGCCUGUGGGCGCUCGCCGUCGCGGCCAUCGUCUCCGUCGUGGUGGUCUGGGCCUACCACUACCCGCCCCAGCAUUACGCCUCCCCCGUCAGCAUCUGGCUCCCGGUCGAGCCCGACAGGGAGCUGACCGACGACGAGCGGGCCUCCCGCGUUGUCUUCGGCCACAUGCUCUCCACGCCGCCUGUCCGGUCCAGGCGGUCCAAGAUUGCCUUCAUGUUCCUCACCCCGGGCAACUUGCCGUUUGAAAAGCUAUGGGAGAAAUUCUUCGAGGGCCACGAGGGAAGAUAUACCAUAUAUGUUCAUGCCUCAAGGGAGAAGCCAGAACAUGUCAGUCGCUUAUUUAUGGGCCGAGAUAUACACAGCGACAAGGUACAGUGGGGUCAGAUUUCUAUGGUUGAUGCUGAGAGGAGGUUGUUGGCGAAUGCUCUACAAGACAUUGACAACCAGCAUUUUGUGUUGCUUUCUGACAGCUGCGUACCUUUGCACAAUUUUGACUACGUGUAUGACUACCUGAUGGGAACAAAUCUCAGUUUUAUUGACUCCUUCUAUGAUCCUGGACCACACGGAAAUUUUAGAUAUUCGCAAAAUAUGUUACCCGAGGUUAGAGAGUCUGACUUUAGGAAGGGUUCACAGUGGUUCUCAGUCAAGCGGCAACAUGCAUUGUUGACAAUCGCGGACAGUCUUUACUAUGCAAAGUUCAAGCUUUAUUGUAAGCCAGGAAUGGAAGGUGGACGCAAUUGCUAUGCCGAUGAGCAUUAUAUGCCAACACUAUUCAAUAUGAUGGAUCCAAAUGGAAUAGCGAAUUGGUCGGUAACUCACGUUGACUGGUCGGAAGGGAAGUGGCAUCCAAAAGCUUAUCGAGCGCAGGAUGUCACUUAUGCGCUCCUGAAGAAUAUAACUUCAGUUGACAUGAGCCACCAUGUUACAAGCGAUAGCAAGAGAGUGGUUACACAGAACCCUUGCCUAUGGAAUGGAGUGAAGAAACCAUGCUACCUGUUCGCAAGGAAGUUCUACCCUGAGUCCAUGAACAAUCUCAUGUACUUAUUCUCGAAUUACACCCUCUUUUGAGUGUGCUGUUCUCAUCCCACAUACUACAGGAAUUUACAGGAGAUAUUUUUGCUAUAGAAACAUCUGUACAUUUGGAAGGACAUUAGAUCUAUUGGCAAAUUGGUGGAUAUAGAAGAAAUACGGAGGAGAAGGCAUUCGCUGCAGUAAUUGAGGGGUUUCCAAUCCCAUCUCCAUCUCAGGCCAUUUUAACUCACUCCAGGACAUCACAACGUAGGACGACCAUGUUCUUUUUACUAGUUUCUCUACAGAUUUUAGCUGCAGAUUCUGCGAUGUAUAUUACGAUUAUUGCAACUCGGAAAAGCCAUUGGACGAUGUCCAUUAUUGGUUAUACUAAUACCACUGAGUCUACUCAAAGCUCUUUCGCCUGUUCAA